AUAUAUAGACUCCAAAACUUAUUUCAUAUUUUAUUUUUGGUAAAGUUAAUUGAAGAAGAAAACAUAAAAAAGUGAUAGUGCUACAAUGAGUAAGUGAGCUGCAUAUAUGUACAAUAACCACGAGAGACCUCAUCAAUCUCAAAAAUAUUAUGGAGUUCAGUUUCAGUUUCCUAUUUUCGUCUGUCCUUUUAUUGUUACCACUUCUUCUACUCCUUCCGUUGAGGUCAGUUAUUAUACAUUCACGAAAAGAAACCAAACAGCGACCUCCUGGUCCCAAAGGAUGGCCAGUAAUCGGAAACAUACUGGACCUUGGAGCCAUGCCUCACCAGACUCUCUUCAACCUCCGAACCAGGUACGGUCCUGAUCUUCUUUGGCUAAAGCUCGGAUCUAUGAACACCAUGGUGGUCCAGUCGGCUAAAGCAGCCGAGCAACUCUUGAAGAACCAGGACACUUCUUUCUGUGACCGAAAGUGUCCUCAUGCAUUAACAUCCCACAACUACAAAGACGGCACAAUCGCCUUCGGUCGCUACGGCUCGUACUGGCGGGUGCUUCGUCGCCUUUGCACCAUGGAGUUCCUCGUCAACAAGCGCAUCAACGACAUGGCUCCCGUAAGACGCAAAUGCGUGGAUGCCAUGAUUCAGUUCAUGGAAGAGGAUUCGGCCGCCGCACUUGCGAGAGGAGAAUCGGGCGCUGUCAACUUGGCUCACUAUCUGUUCCUGAUGGGAUUCAACGUGGUUGGGAACCUUGUGUUUUCAAAGGAUCUAUUGGAUCCCAACUGUGAAGAAGGGAAAGAGUUAUUUGAUGCGGUAGACAAGAUCAUGGAGUUCAUGGGAAAGCCAAACUUGGCUGAUUUUCUACCUUUCUUGAAAUGGUUGGACCCUCAGGGGGUUAAGAGAAACAUGACGAAACAUAUGGCGAAGGCUUUGGAAAUUGCUGGAAGGUUUUUGAAAGAAAGAGUUGAGGAGCACAGGUUAGGGAAACGAAGAGCCACAAAGGACUUCUUGGAGGUGUUGUUGGAGUAUGAAAGCGAUGGAAAAGACGGUCAGCCUGAUAAGAUCUCCAAUCAAAAUAUCAGCAUAAUUUUACUGGAAAUGUUUAUGGCUGGAUCGGAAACAACAAGCAGCACAAUUGAAUGGGCAAUGACAGAGCUUUCCCGCAGUCCGGAAUCAAUGCGAAAAGCGAAACAAGAGCUUAAUCAGGUCAUUGGACCUAACAGGGUGGUGGAAGAAAGUGACAUAGACGAUCUGCCAUAUCUACAAGCUGUGGUGAAGGAGUCCAUGAGGUUACAUCCUGCAGUUCCAUUACUGAUUCCUCGAAAUGCAAUAGAAGAUACCAACUUCAUGGGGUAUGUGAUACCCAAAGAUACUCAAAUUUUUGUGAAUGUGUGGGGAAUUGGAAGAGAUCCAGGAUCAUGGGAUGAGCCAUUGUGUUUCAAGCCUGAGAGAUUUAUAGGGUCAAAUAUUGAAUACAAGGGGCAAAACUUUGAGCUUCUUCCAUUCGGAUCUGGGAGAAGAAUUUGCGUGGGAAUUUCACUAGCUCACCGUGUGGUUCAUCUUGCUCUGGCCUCCCUCCUCCAUACUUUUGAUUGGGAUUUCGAUUCUGAUCAAGCUAAUUUAGACACGAGCGAGAGGGUUGGGAUCACUCUGAGAAAGUUAAUACCCCUUCAAGCAAUACCCAGGAAGCGAAAUCGAGGGAAUGACUAAUGGAGAAAUUAAGUAUGAAUAUGAAUAUCGUGAUUAUAAUAAUGUGUAUGUCCAUGUGGUGCAUAAUUUGUUAGUUAAAUUGUAUGCACGCCUUUCAGGAAAGGCAACUUGGUCCGAAAAUCCAUUGGUUUUGGGAACAACUUAUUCAUGCAUAAUGAAGUAAUUACUAGUCUUUUUGAACUACUGUAUUUUGGCUUAGAGCCU